UAACAAUUUUUUUUAAAAAUAAUCUACAAUCAAAAAAAAAAAAAAAGUCUCGAUUUUCUCUCUCCAGAAUCGCUUCUUCCUUAACGCUGUAACUUCAGAGAGCAGCACUUAACGCAAAAUUCCACGCCAUUUUUAGGGUUUCAUUUCUCUAGAUGCUGCCCAAUUUAAUCACAAUUCACUCUCAUUUUUGACCUAAUCUACUCCUUUAUUAAUCCUAUCAUUAGUUAAUUUUAAUGAAGAUUCUCGAUUUUUUUUGAUUCGAUUUCUUUCUAUAUCUGUAGUAAUGGUGAUUUUUACUUCUUCCAUGAGUUUAUUCCCUCUCUUGUUCUUCUUCUUAAACCCCAGGUUUUGGCACUCCAUCGUGAUUGAAUCGAGUUUACGAGCUUAAUUUAUAUUAAUAAUCCUCUUUUUUACUAAUUGUGAUGUCGGAUUUUCGUUGUUCGAUGAUUUUGCUGUUUCUACUAUUUUUCUUCUUGAACCAUAGAUUUUUCUGUUUAUCUUCUUUGGAAGAUGAGGUUGAUUAUGAGUCGAGUAUAAUGUUAUAUCAUCAUGAUUAUUCGCCGCCAUCGCCGCCACCACCACCGCCCCAUCCCCCGACUGUAUCGUGUGACGGAGAACUAGAAGGAGUUGGUAAUUUGGAUACUACAUGUCAAAUUGUGUCGGAUUUGAAUCUUACUGAUAGUGUGUAUAUACAAGGGAGGGGCAAUUUUUUUAUCCUCCCUAAUGUAAAGGUGGAUUGUUCUGCAAUUUCUGGGUGUGAGAUUGCAAUUAAUAUUAGUGGUAACUUUAGUUUAGGAGAAAAUUCGACGAUUAUUGCUGGUGCUUUUGAUUUAACUGCUGGAAAUGCAACAUUGAGGGAGGGCUCAUUGAUAAAUACCACUGGAUUAGCGGGUGAUCCACCAUCUGCGACGAGUGGGUCGCCUGUUGGAUUGGAUGGGUCAGGUGGUGGUCAUGGAGGGCGAGGGGCAUCUUGUUUGAUAGAUGAAACAAAGGAUCCUGAGGAUUUCUGGGGUGGGGAUACGUAUUCUUGGUCGUCAUUGGAUAAGCCUUGGAGUUUUGGAAGCAAAGGUGGGAGUACCAGUAAGACGGUGGAUUAUGGUGGGGGAGGCGGUGGGAAGGUUCGGCUUCAUGUUAGCGAGUUUCUUGUGGUAAAUGCGCAGGUGAUGGCUGAUGGUGGCGAGGGGGGUAAUAAAGGUGGUGGUGGUUCUGGAGGGAGCAUUCACAUCAUGGCUUACAAGAUGUCUGGAGAUGGUAUUGUAAGUGCAUGUGGGGGUAAUGGUUUUGGCGGUGGAGGCGGUGGGAGAGUUUCUAUUGACGUUUUCAGCUGGCAUGAUGAGCUAAAAACUUACGCUCAUGGAGGAAUUAGUUAUGGAUGUUCGGACAAUGCAGGUGGAGCUGGGACUCUCUAUGAUGCUGUUCCGCGUAGCCUUUACAUAAGUAAUCACAAUCGCUCUACAAUCACAAACACAUUGUUGAUGGAUUUUCCUAAUCAACCUCUGUGGACUAAUGUAUAUGUACGAAAUCAUGCAAAGGCCUCUGUUCCAUUGCUUUGGAGUCGGGUGCAAGUUCAAGGCCAAAUCAAAUUGGAAGCUGGUGGAGAAUUAAGCUUUGGUCUGGCACAUUAUGCUACAUCAGAGUUUGAGUUGUUGGCUGAGGAAUUAUUGAUGAGUGAUUCAGUGAUCAAGGUUUAUGGAGCACUUCGUAUGUCAGUGAAAAUGUUUUUGAUGUGGAAUUCUCAAUUACUAGUGGAUGGUGGUGGAGAUGCUGCAGUUGCAACCUCCUUGCUGGAGGCCAGUAAUCUGCUUGUUUUAAGGGAGUCGUCUUCCAUUCACUCCAACUCUAAUUUGGGAGUUCAUGGACAGGGUCUGUUAAACUUAACUGGCCCUGGUGAUCUUAUUGAGGCACAACGUUUGGUGCUAUCUUUAUUCUAUAGCAUCCAUAUUGGACCGGGUUCAGUUCUGCGAGGUCCACUAAGCACUGCAAAUGAGGAUGACAUGGCACCAAAUCUUUAUUGUGAUCGUGAUGACUGCCCUCCGGAACUGCUGCAUCCUCCUGAAGAUUGUAACGUCAAUUCUUCGCUGUCUUUCACUCUUCAGGUGUGCAGAGUUGAAGACAUUAUUGUUGAAGGUGCAAUAGAAGGAUCAGUUGUCCAUUUUCAUAGAGCCAGGACUGUCGAUGUGCGACCAUUUGGUAUCAUAACUGCUUCUGGAUUGGGGUGCAAAGGUGGCAUAGGCAGAGGAAAUGUUCUCAGUGACGGGCUUGGUGGGGGUGGUGGUCAUGGAGGCAACGGUGGAGCUGGAUGUCGCGGUGAUACUUGUGUUCAGGGUGGGGUAUCAUAUGGAAGUGAAUAUUUGCCCUGUGAACUUGGUAGUGGAAGUGGAAAUGAGAGCUUAGUUGAUUCCACUGCUGGCGGUGGUAUUGUUGUUAUGGGUUCAAUGGAGCAUCCAUUGUCAAGCCUGUCUAUUGAGGGCUCGCUGAGAACUGAUGGAGAGAGUUAUGAAGAUGGGAGUACCAAAGAUUAUGCUUCCAUCAAUAAGCUUAGUGGAGGUCUUGGAGGUGGAUCUGGUGGCACCCUUUUAUUAUUCUUGAGGACAUUGACGAUCAGCAAUAACGCCACCCUUUCUAGUAUAGGCGGCAAUGGUGGUCCACUUGGUGGUGGUGGAGGUGCUGGAGGCAGGGUGCAUUUUCACUGGUCUGAAAUUCUUACUGGUGACCUUUAUCAGCCAAUCGCCAGCGUUAGAGGAAAAAUUAUCACGGGUGGAGGAUCUGGUGGUGAUGAAGGUGGUGCUGGAGAAAAUGGUACAGUUACAGGAAAAGCCUGUCCUAAAGGUCUCUUUGGCACCUUUUGCAAGGAAUGCCCUCCUGGGACAUACAAAAAUGUCACUGGAUCUGAUGAAUCUCUCUGCAAGCAUUGCCCACCUCUAGAGCUUCCUCGUCGUGCUGUUUACCUUAGUGUGAGAGGUGGCGUCACGGAAGCUGCAUGUCCUUACAAAUGUAUUUCCGACAGAUAUCAUAUGCCACACUGCUAUACUACCCUUGAGGAGUUGAUUUAUACAUUUGGAGGGCCUUGGUGGUUUGUUCUUAUUUUAGUGGGCCUCCUAAUCUUGUUAGCUCUUGUGCUCAGUGUGGCACGUAUGAGAUUUGUCGGGGUUGAUGAUUUACCGGGUCCCGCUCCAACUCAACAUGGCUCUCAGAUAGACCACUCCUUUCCGUUUUUGGAGUCACUUAAUGAGGUCUUGGAAACCAAUAGAGCUGAGGAAUCUCAGAAUCAUGUUCAUAGGAUGUAUUUUAUGGGCCCAAACUCAUUUGCUGAACCUUGGCACCUCCCUCACUCUCCACCAGAACAGUUAAAAGAGAUUGUGUAUGAGGGUGCUUUUAAUAGAUUUGUGGAUGAGAUUAAUCUUCUAGCUACAUAUCAGUGGUGGGAGGGAUCAAUAUAUAGUAUACUUGGUGUUUCAGCAUAUCCAUUGGCUUGGUCUUGGUUGCAAUGGCGCCGCAGGCUUAAACUGCAACGGCUCCGUGAAUUUGUUCGAUCUGAAUAUGAUCAUGCGUGCUUACGAUCUUGUCGAUCACGUGCUUUGUAUGAGGGGAUCAAAGUUAAUGCUACUCCUGAUCUGAUGCUGGCAUAUGUUGAUUUUUUCCUUGGCGGUGAUGAGAAAAGGAGUGAUCUCCCUCCUCGUCUAUUUCAAAGGUUUCCUUUGGCUAUUCAUUUUGGUGGUGAUGGAAGUUAUAUGGCGCCUUUUACCCUUCACAGUGACAAUAUUCUUACUAGCCUAAUGAGUCUGUCUGUUCCACCAACAACUUGGUAUCGUUUGGUUGCCGGUCUCAAUGCACAUCUACGGUUGGUUCGGCGCGGAUGCCUGCGGAAAACAUUUCGGUCUGUUCUGAGGUGGCUUGAAAGUCAUGCGAACCCUGUGCUGAAAAGUUAUGGUCAUGGUCUACGUGUUGACUUAGCUUGGUUUCAAGCAACAGCUUGUGGUUAUUGUCAGUAUGGUCUCUUGGUCUAUGCUAUUGAUGUGGACAUUGAGCUGUCUACUGAAUGUCAAGAUGGAAGAAUGCGAGCUGACCAACUUUCCAGUGUUAGUAGAGCAAAUUCAUCAAGCCACCACUGGGAAGAUGCCCUCUUAGACCGUGUCAAUAACAGGAGUGAAUAUUUAACGAGGCAGAAGAGGUCAUAUGGAGCAAUUCUAGACAUUGAUAAUAUUCGAAGUCUGGAGGAGAAGAGAGAUCUUUUCUUCCCCUUGAUCCUCGUCCUUCACAACACGAAGCCUGUAGGGCAUCAGGACCUUGUUGGUUUGGUCAUAUCUAUAUUACUGCUGGGAGAUUUCAGUCUAGUACUUCUUACUUUACUUCAGCUGUAUUCAGUCUCAAUGAUGGAUGUCUUCCUUGUUUUAUUUAUUUUACCACUGGCUAUACUUCUUCCAUUUCCCACUGGAAUUAAUGCUUUGUUCAGUCAUGGUCCUCGACGUUCAGCUGGCCUUGCACGUCUGUAUGCUCUGUGGAACAUUACCUCUUUGGUCAAUGUUGUGGUUGCAUUUAUUUGUGGUUACGUACAUUAUAAAUCACAAACAUCACGAAGCAAAAUGAUACCUUAUUUGCAGCCGUGGGGCAUGGAUGAAAGUGAAUGGUGGAUUUUUCCAGUCGGAUUGCUUUUAUGUAAAUGUCUUCAGUCUCAACUCAUAAAUUGGCAUGUUGCAAAUUUGGAGAUACAAGAUCGCUCGUUGUAUAGUUCCGACUUUGACGUAUUUUGGCAGUCAUAAGUCACAUUAUCCUUUUAUUUAGGUUUUUGUAUGUUGUUCUUGAGCGUAGAUGAGAGGAACUAGAAAACUGAAAGUGAAAAAGAAAAACAACAGAAGUAAAAGAAAUUAUUAGGCUUAGGGUAAAUGCCAUUCUUUUGUGUAGCUGAUCCAUUGUUAAGUCGUUAUCUCAUUUUGUACAUAAUAGUUAAUAGGUACAUAUAUGCUUCGGCUUUUUGACUAUGUAUCAUUCUUCCUUGACAUAGUGUCGGAUAAUUGACAAAUGUAGCAUACUUGACUAAGUAGCUGCAACUGAUCGAAACGAUUUCGAGUUGGUUACUUUUCAAUACUCACUAUCAGUACUACCGAUGAUAUUAUUCGUUUUGGAU